AUGGAGACCAAGGUUGUAGUGAUAUCCGUUGUUGCGGGUUUCUUUGGGCUCUUAGCAGUGAUUCUUGGUUUUGUUGCUGAGGUUACAAGGAUUAAGAUGGAUCAGGUGUUGUUUGAUGGGCUCAAUUGUAUAUACCCUUCGAGUCCAGCUACGGCUCUUGGUAUAGUUGCAUUAUUGGCUAUUAUUUUGUCUCAAAUAAUUAUUACUGUUGCAACUGGUUGUAUUUGUUGUUGCAAAAGAGGUUCUCUUCCUACUACCUCUAAUUGGACCGCAGCUCAGGCCUGCUUUUCCUUUUCCUGGUUCUCAGUUGUCAUAGCGGCUAUUUUGUUGGUGCUUGGUUCUGCAUACAAUAACUCUCAACAGACUACCAUACAAGGUGAUAACUACUUCCAAUGCUAUGUUGUGAAGCCUGGAAUCUUUGCUGGUGGUGCCAUUAUGUCCCUUGCAAGUGUGGUUUGUGGUCUUUUUGCUUAUAUUUUAACUCAAGGAAAGGACAGUCCUACGGGACAACCUCAGUUCCAAGCAGGCAGCCCUAAUCAAGGAGGGAUAGCUAUGGGACAACCUCAACCUCAGUACCAAUGGGGCAAUCAAGGAGGAGUACCUGCGGGACCAAUUAAGUUCCCACCACAGGGUCCUCAAGAACAUGGCCAAGAGAGCAUUGCUGCUGAGUUUAAUGAGUUUAUGUGUGUACAAGACGGUGACGACUUCACUUGGCACUUUGUGACAAAAGUUGGCAAAAAUUUUUUGAUGUUCUUUUUGGCACUACCUUUGGGGGAGAAAGAGCAAUUGCAGAGAGUUAUGCUUUUAAAGAUGAAAGUUGCAAUCCUCACUUUGCUUCUUAUCUUCAUGAUUGCAUCACCAUGCUUAUGUAAUGAUCUUGGCAAAGUUUUUAACGUUAUUUCUUAUGGUGCUGUUGGAAAUGGCAAAACUGAUGAUACACAAGCUUUUUCAAAAGCUUGGGAGGCUGUGUGUAACGCAAAUGGCAUCACAAGCCUCAUUAUACCAAAAGGAAAGAUAUUCCUGCUGAAUCCCGUGCAGUUCAAAGGUCCUUGCAAGGCCACCAAAGUCCUUGUGCAGGUUGGUGGGACUAUUGCAGCAUCAGCAAACCUAAAAACAUGGACUGACAAUGAGAAGUGGAUUCAUUUUGAAACUGUAGAUGGUCUUGUUAUAAACGGGGGUGGACAAAUUGAUGGCCAAGGAAGUGUUUGGUGGAAUGCUUGCAGUGACAAGCAUUGUGAUGAUCGACCCACUGCUCUUCACUUUUACAACUGCAAUGGCCUUCAGCUAAGCAAUUUGAGGCAUCUUAAUAGUCAAAAAAAUCACAUAAGCAUAAGUGGAUGCAAGGGAGUUAAAAUCAAUAAUCUUCUUAUUUCUGCACCUGAAGAUAGCCCAAACACUGAUGGUAUUGACAUUUCUACCUCAAGCAAUAUCGAAGUCCUAAACACAGUGAUGGAAACUGGUGAUGAUUGUAUUGCUAUCAACGGUGGGUCAUCAAAUAUUACCAUUUCUGGUGUUGCAUGUGGACCAGGCCAUGGUAUUAGCAUUGGCAGCCUUGGAAAGAAUGGAGCUUUUGACACAGUCGAAGAAGUACACGUGAGGAAUUGCACUUUUAAAGGGACCCAAAAUGCAGCAAGAAUCAAAACAUGGCAGGGUGGAAAAGGGUAUGCUAGGAAGAUCUCUUAUGAGAAUAUCCAAAUUAUAAAUUCUCAAAACCCUAUCAUUAUUGACCAAAACUACAACCCUUAUUCUCUGAAUGCCAAUGCACAGUCAGAAGUGGAGAUUAGCGACGUGACAUUCAGAAAUGUGUAUGGAACUUCGGUUGAUGAGAUAGCCAUUGAUCUAGUUUGCAGUGAUCACUUUGGCUGCAGCAACAUUGUGUUGAAUAAUAUUGAUAUAAAAUCGGCUAUUCCAGGGAAGCAGACUAUUUCUCGCUGCAACAAUGCUCAUGGAUCAACCCUGUCACUCUGCACUCCUAUUGUUCCAUGCCUAUCUCACUGAUUUUGAGCUUAUGACUGUGGUGGC